CCCUUGCGCAAUUUGAUGAAUAGAGUCGCUGUCAAAAGACAGAGGGAGAGAGGACGAGUCGUUGACAGACUUAUGUGACAGAGAGGAAGAGGAGAAGAAGAAGAAAAAGAAGAGGAGCCGCGGUGCGCCUCACCUCGCGUCUAGUUAUUUUCCCCCCGCGGUGCUGGUGGAUGUCGAGGAGAGUUUUGCUCAACUAGUACGGUCAAGGCGGCUUAUGAAUGUUGUGUUGCUUUAGACUGGAAGGCUAUGGAGACCGGUACGCGUCACGUUUAAGUGCGGCUUUACAACUGCUGAAGAAGUUCCUGUGAAUAUUUUUUCCCCACCUCAAAGUUCUUGGCAGGAGGACCAGCAUUUGUCUCGGCCAGGAACCUUCGAGGGCCCACAUCAGCAUGGUGAACAGCCAAACGUCAGGUGUACCGACGGCCCCUGUUAGGUCCUGUGCAGGAUGCGGGGGGAAGAUAGCCGACCGCUUCCUGCUCUUCUCCAUGGAGCGCUACUGGCACACGCGCUGCCUCAAGUGCUCUUGCUGCCAAGCCCAGCUGGGGGACAUUGGCACCACCUGCUACAGCAAAGGGGGCAUGAUUCUGUGUCGGAGUGACUACAUCAGGCUGUUCGGGCACAGCGGGGCGUGCAGUGCCUGCGGCCAGUCGAUCCCAGCCAACGAAAUGGUGAUGAGGGCACAGGGAAAUGUUUACCACCUCAAGUGUUUCAGCUGCGCCACCUGUAGAAACAGACUAAUGCCCGGCGACCGCUUCCACUAUAUCAACGGUACAAUCUUCUGUGAGCACGACAGACCCGGCGCUGCCUUGCUCAACAGCCACCUGCCUGCACUUCAGAGCAGCUCUGUGCUGACAGACCAGAAGGUGUGCUGAGUGGCACGAGUGCUGCGUGAACUCGACUUCCCCCUUCUCUUCGGCCCGCUCCUCCUUUCCCACGACCGUCGCCAUUGUUGUUGUGGAGUCUCAUCGCCGCCCCACCUGCUCUGACCCUUCUCAGAGGACACCGUCCCUCAUUCCAGAUGUCCCUUCCCUCGUCACAUCAAGAGACUUUCUGUACCGCAUACGAAGUUAAUGUUGUGGUCUGUACAAAGACUUAAAGAAUAUGUGUGGACUGCACUGGCAAAAGGCUCCUACAGGACUAUGAGGAUGCUGGAGGAAAACAAUGACGAAAGCCAGUGUCAACUGGGGAGAGCGACUGAAAGAUGCUUGAACGAACAUUUGAUGGACUGCUGUAAAAUUACUGUCAAAGCUUUGCUUCCGUCCUGUGGCAAUAUUUCCUCCAAGCAUCAGUGUUUUUAAUGAACUCCCGCUCCCACUUGUAUAUGUUUCAACACACGGAGGACUGAUGGUAAAAUUGAUGGAUGUGGGGCCAAAAAUUAAAUUCAGAGUAGCGAAAACUGCUAAGUUUAAAAACCAGCAUCUGACACUUUUGAAGCACUCAAGGAAAAACAAAAACCUGUUGCAGUUUUGUAAAAAAAAUUCUCACAUGCUCUGCACAACGAAGUGAUUCAGUGACAGUUUUGUUGUUUUUCUGCUGUAGAGGUUUAUUUCUGUUAUCAGAUGCCUGUUCAGUGUGUGGAAGGAAAAAAAAAAAACUUUUGUGGGGUUAAAAACAAAAAUCCUAUUAAAACGAUUUUCCUGUAACAUGUCACGAAGCGAGCUGAAGAUCGUUCUGAAGGCCCUUAGUGGCAUUAGUGUGGCGCUGCGUAGAAUGGUACCUAACAUGGUGGAUCUUACUGGCUCUCUCACUUUCUUUAGCCGUGUAUGGUGAAAACAUGCCUGAUUACCCUGAGGAAUGGAAUUAGGGGCUUGAGCUCUGACCAUUUACAGAAGCAAUUAAACAUGAGCCCUGUAUCUGUGCUGCUGGAGCUCCUGGGAGGCUGAACUUGGGGCAUAUCCCGUGGCUGACUGGCUCAGUGGCUGCCUGCCUUCCUCUAAUAAAGCCUAAUCUGAAAGCGGCUAAUUAAAGGGGAGUGGCCCCCUCUACAUCCAGAGCAUUUGAAACAAUCUGAUGUAUUUACUGUUUACCGUGUUCCAAUUAAAGCUCCCACACAGCCUGGGUUUGUUUCCCA